GCUGGACCACGGUGUUAGUAGUUUGUUUGUAAUCAUCAUGUCGAGUUAAAAUUUGUGCCGUGUUCCAAAAUGUUCGUUAUCACACAUAUCUCACAUUUGAAUGUUAUCACUGGGCCUUCAGAAUUUGCUAUGUUUAUUUGAUGGCCAACCGGACUUUAAAUUAUAAAAAAUUAAGAACAAUUAUUGCUAAGUUGAAUUAUGCUUCAGUUAGAGGUUUUUCUUAGUGAUUUUUCUAGAAAUUAAAUAAUUCUUAUUAAUGCACCGAAGGUUGGGAUGUGGUGUAAAAUGACCUCACAACUGACUGCAGAACAACAGCAGGCGGUAAAAAAAUUCAUUGAGGCAGUGAAUCGGACGCGGAAGCGGCGUCCAGCGCUGAAUUGGAGAACGGCGGUGAAGUUCCUGUGCGCCCGCAAGUGGGACGUGAGCCGGGCGGUGGCCCUCUACGACCAGCACGAGAUCACCAGGAUCAGGGAGGGCCUCGUCGACCUAGACCCGGCCAAAGAGCCCCUCAAGAGCGAACUGGACACUGGCAAGUUCACCAUCCUACCUACACGAGAUUCAACGGGUGCUGCAAUCGCUGUGUUCACUGCCCGAAUACAUUGUCCUCAGACAUCAUCCCAUCAAACAACUCUUCAGGGUUUAGUUUAUCAGCUAGAUGUAGCUCUCGAAAGUGUGGAAACACAACGAGCAGGAAUAGUUUUUAUUUAUGACAUGUCAGAUUCCAAAUAUUCUCAUUUUGACUACGAUCUCAGCCAAAAAAUCUUAACUCUGCUGAAGGGUGGUUAUCCUGCAAAAUUAAAGAAGGUACUGAUUGUAACUGCUCCGUUAUGGUUUAAAGCACCUUUCAAAAUCCUUCGGCUCUUUGUCAGGGAAAAACUGAGGGAUAGGGUUUUCACUGUCAGCUUACCACAGUUAAGCGUUCACAUCCCAAGGGAGAGCCUGCCUGUGGGUCUUGGGGGUGCCUUGCAGGUGGCACACAAUGCCUGGUUACUCCACUGUGCAAAGUCCAUGGCCAACAGGGCAAGUCCCAGUCGAUUAUCUGCUAUCAGUACUAUUGAAAAUGAGGUUGAAUCACCGCCUAUAUCAGAAGCUGAAGAGGUUCAGCCUCAAGAAUCAUGGCAACCCACUACCGAAUCUGCUGCAUCACCAUUAGCCCUUUCCUCUGCAAGUUCUGGUUUCUCAGACGAUGACUCACUUCAUUGCGACAGUCCUGGUGGCCUCACGUUAGCUGAAUUCACUGAGAGAGUCAGGACUCUCGGAAAAGGCGGCUUGACCGCGGAGUAUACUGAACUUAAAGCCAGGCCACCCCAAGGAACUUUCAAUCAUUCCAAAUUGAAAGGGAACCAAGCAAAAAAUCGAUAUACUGAUGUUCUCUGCUAUGAUCACUCAAGAGUUCUUCUAUCCAUCGAAGAUGAUGACCCUACAUCAGACUACAUAAAUGCAAAUUUUGUUGAUGGUUAUAAACAGAAAAAUGCCUUCAUUUCUACCCAAGGUCCAUUGCCUAAAACCUGUGCUGAUUUCUGGCGAAUGGUAUGGGAGCAAGGCACAGUAGUCGUUGUUAUGACUACUCGGGUAAUGGAGCGAAGUAGACAGAAGUGCUGGCAGUACUGGCCGUUAGAUGAAGGAAGUUCGGAAACGUAUGGACAGUUUACACUUACAACUGUAUCAGUUGACAAGCAAGCUGAUUAUGUUGUCUCCGUCCUUGAUCUAGUCAACAAUAAGACAGAGGAAAGAAGGAGCGUUGAACAUCUUCAGUAUACAUCCUGGCCUGAUUAUGGUGUGCCUGAAAGUGCUGUUGGAAUGUUAGGAUUUUUACAAUUAGUUCGAAGUUCUCAGGAGAGAUUGACCUCAGGACUCGGAGACACUUGGGCUGGUCAUUCGAGAGGCCCUCCGGUUGUGGUGCACUGUUCUGCCGGAAUCGGAAGGACAGGUACCUUUUGUACAUUAGACAUCUGUAUAAGCCGUUUGGAUGAGACCGGAACAGUAGAUGUGAGAGGGACAGUGGAGAAGAUCAGAGCUCAACGAGCCUUCUCUAUCCAGAUGCCUGAUCAGUACAUAUUCUGCCAUGUGGCCCUUAUAGAGUAUGCCGCCUCCAAAGGGCUAGCUUCCCCUGUCGACCUUUCCCAUUUUCUUGCUGAUCGGGACUCUGAUUAACUUUUUGCGAGGAUUUGUUUGUGUAGUGUUACGGUAAUAAAAGUUUUUGGACUGAUUUAUCAACCAUCGGAAGCAUUUAUAAUUCAUUCAUCGGUUAAUACUAUUGUCUUAGUAGUAAGUUAUGAAUAGUAUACAAUUUACAGUGGCUAUCAGAAAAUAAAAUGUAAUUUUCUUCAAGCUUCAUAAUGGAGGAAUAAAAAAAAAUAAAUCUUAGGAUUACCCAGUCAUUAACUUAUGUUUCUUCAUAACAUAUUUAUUAAGCAUAAAUUUAUUAUUAUUUAUAUUAAAUAAUUUUGUUGUCUCUUUAAUUUUUUUAAUUUGAAAGCAGUACAACUGCAUAGUUAUUUUGGCAUAUAAUCACCUGUUUUUAUCUUAUUUUCUUUUCAUAGAGUCAAAAUAAUAUUAAUUUACUUGUAACUAUUUUUGUUAUUGUUUUAAAUGGUUUAUUGUACUAAAAUGUAUUAUUUAUUUAUAUUUUUAUUAGAAUACUCAUUUUAGAAAUUAAUAUUAUAUUACUUUCAAUACAGUAAUGUUCCUUAUAAUUUAAUACUUAGUUUUAUAAUUUAAUAUUAUUUUUAAAAAUAAGAAAGAAAAUAGAAGCACAAAUCGUUUUUAAUAAUUUAAACCUAAAUCAACUGACUCCGAUAAUUGAAUUCUGAUGGCUUAAUUUGUAUGUUACUUACUAAUAGUGAAUUAGGUCUGUUGUAUUGACGUUUUGUUUAUUAUUAUUUUGUUAAAUAAUAUCAUUCAGACCUAUUUACUAUAUGAAACUUUUUAUCUCCAGUGGAGACUUUCAUAUGAAGAGUUUAAAAUUAUUUAAAAUUCUCAUAUUUUUUAAUUGUAUGUUUAGAUUGGAUUCUGUGUUCAAAUAAUGGUAUCUGUGUCAUGUGUUCUAAUAAUACAGUGUGCAUAAAGUGAUUUCCUAGCCAUUAUAAAUACUUGUAGAAAUACAUUUAAUUGUGAUUGUAAGGCCUAGUGCAACCUUAUAACAUCUUCGUUCAUAUAUUUUGUCUAAAAAAUGAUAUAGUACAAUAAAAUAUAUUGAAUAUAGCUUUCCUAUCAAAGAAACAUGUACGUUUAUUUUAUUUUUCCCUUCGAAUUAGAUUACCAUUUAUAUUUCUGGAAAUAGCUACUAUGAUAUAAAAUAAACAAGUUAUUCUACAUGAUUGAAUCAAACAAGACAGCACCAUCUUGCAUUAGAAUGUUGAUAUUGAUUUCAAAAGCUUUUAAAUACCUCAGUUUUGAAAUUAAGGUUUAAAUCUAAUAUAAAAAUAAAUACAUCAAAUGCUUGCUAAUCUCAUUAGUUAUAGAUUUUUCUUAUUCAAAAUCUUAUUUUCAGGCAGAUGUUGACCUGGUGUACUAAGCCUUACGAGAUUAGCAAUUAUUCCAUUUAUGUUAAUGGGAAGAACACCUAUAAUAGAUAAUGAAAUUUUCAUCUUUGGAUGUGAUAUAUUUUGUAUUCAGAAAAUUCAAUCAUGCGUCUAUUAGUUAUAGUUAUAUCUUCGUAACUGUUCCAUUGUUGUACUUUUUACUGUACUAUAUAAUGGAUGCAUGAAGGAAUCCACAUUUCAGUAUACAUAUGGAUAUAUUUUUUCAAGUUUACAUUUUAUUAAAGUGUGCCAAGUGAAAUACAUUUGAUAACUAUUUAAAAAAAAAUAAAUUAAAAAAAAUUGUGAUUCUACUUGAAUAACUUCUUGAUCAUUAUAGCCAGUAUAAUCUCACAAUUUUUGAAUUAUAAAACUCUUAACUCUCCAUUUAUCUUUACUGAUAUAAAGAAAUAAAAAGGUUAUUUGUUUUUCACUUGGAGCUAGGUUGUGUACCUUAAUUAGGUUGUGGAAAAAAAAAAAUGUUAUUUGCCUCUUCUACAUAUUCAUUCAGAUUCCUGUACAUAUAAAAUAUUUUAUUUAUGGAAAAUUGCAAUAAUAAACAGAUUUAACAAUGAAAGACUAUUUAA